GCUGGUUACUCCUGUACAGUGUGUGUGAGUCAGCCUGUGCGCGCGCGCGCAUCUUUGUGCGUGAGAUGAGCCAGAUGUUGGACUGCGUGUCUUUGGCCUCCUACACGGAGUAUCCCACUGACCGGCCUUUCAUCAACACACGCCGAAACACACACCACGACACACACAGAAGAACACACCGCUCUGCGAAACCUGUGAAAGCGUUUCCUGAGAGCAGCGGUGCAGCGAUCCUCUCCGCUCUGCAGAACCUACAGGAGAAGAUCCAGAGGUUGGAGCUGGAGCGAAUGCAAGCAGAGCGGAGGCUUUCGGGGGAGAACCUUCACACGGGGAACACAGCAGAGACAAAACCACACAAGAACCGGGACUCUCACACACACAGGAGACUGGAUUUUGCCUCUCAGUUAGCAGCAGUUGAAGGUAAAUGCAGUCGGUUGGAGAAACAGCUGGAGUUACUGAAGACGGUGGUGAGGAGCACAGAGUCAGACCGAGCAGCGGUUCUCAAACACCAGGAGCGUGUGCGCGGCUCGAGCGAUGUGUGUGUGAAGUUGGAGAGGUUGGAGCAGGACUGCAGGAGACUGACACACACUCAGAGCAGCGCCGAGGCCAAAAUCAGACAGCUGGAGAGUAAACUGCAGGAGGAGGAACAUCAGAGGAAACUCAUCCAGGAUAAAGCUACACAGUUACAGACAGGCCUUGAGGCCAAUCGAAUUCUGAUCGAGUCCGUGUCGACCCGCCCACACCGCUCCUCCCAGAGCUCCAGGAAGAAGCUUGCGUCCAAGAAGCCUUUGCAGCAGAGACAUUCUCUCACACAGCCACACUACAGACUGAGUCUGGGGGAUGUACCGUUUGUGACUGGAACUUCUACAGGGACAAGUCACUCUGUCCGCGCUAACGUGCAGCACGUCCUGCACCUCCUGAAGCAACACAACCGUCAGCUGUGUAACGAACACGUGCUGGGAGCUACGCCCCCGACCAAUGGGAAGGAGGCUUCAGAGCAUCAGUCAUGCGGUAGCUCCUCCUCUUCCUCUUCUUCUUGCAGGGAGGAGCUCUCGGAGCUGCUCCAGACGCUACAGGACGAGUUCGCGCGCAUCAGCUUCGAGCACCAGGAGUUGGGGAAGCAGGUCCAGGCGUGUCGCUCUGACAGACUGAGGCAGGAUUUGGAACGAGAGAGAGAGAACCUGGUGAAGAAGAUGGAGGAAAAAGGAGAACAGAUCGCUAAAGCGCGUCGACAUCAGGCUCAGGUGGGGAAGUUGAGGAAGCAGUCUAGGCGUGAAGGUGAGCUGAAGGUGAAGUCUAGACCAGGAGAGCGCAGUAAGGACAGUCUGCGUCUGCUCAAGGACAUGCGCACGCUGCAAACCUCACUGAGAUCGGACCAGCUUCAGUAGGAUUACUAACACACACACACGCACACACACACACACCCUCGCACGUCUCUGAAAUCUGGGAGAACGAGCUUAGGUUUGGUGUUUUCCCGGAUAAACACAGGAAAGUUCUAAUCUUCUGAAAAACAAAAAACCUUGCACAUUUUGUAAAAUGUUUUUUUUUUUUUUCUCAAAUGCAGUAAUACACACACAUAGAGGAAGUCCAGCGUCUGAGAGGGAAGAAUACAAACAGCAAAACAGAAGCCGUUUUUAUUUUUUAACAGACACACAGCAGAUCCACCAUCAUCAUCCUCAGAUCCAUCAAAUCUCCACAGAAGUUUGAACACCAUCACACCGUGACGCUGGACGUGUGGGACACGCUGCACUCUGGAACCUAAAACUCAGUGUUACCUUUUUAAAGAUUAUUCUUCCUUAAAAAAAUGUUAUGGGUUUAUGAUAACUAAAACAAUGCAAUAGGUGUUUAAAAUCAGGGUUUUUUAAACUAUUCAAUCAGACUAAUUACCUGGUGAAAGAUUAUACUUUUUCUUCCUUGAACUUUCUGCCCAUAGAGACCAUUUCCUUUCUUAUUAUUGUAUGUCCCAAUGUUUAUAGGGAUGACGGAGAUGAUUUCCAGCAGCGUAAUAAAGAGAAAACAUC